CGCACGCUGCAGUUCGUCCGCUUCUGUGGGUGCUUCUCACUGUUGUGUUUACUUCACUUGUUUCCUACAGCAACUCAAGAAUCACGUUUUCUUGUGCGACAUUGAGCUUUGAAGCUUCUUCAGCUGAAUAGCUACAUACUAACAGAGCGAUCACUUUGCGACACGCGACCACUUCGUUCGAAGAAACCCAAGCGGCACUUGCGAUCAUGUCAGGCGCCAACGGCAAUAACCCAAUCCACUCCACUGGCCGCGGCGGCGCUGGCAACAUUGGUCCUGAUGCGCACACCUACGUUGACGGGGACAUCGUCCGCGAAGGCCAAGCUGGCGUGAGCAACCAUUCUGAGUACAGUGCUGGACGAGGCGGAGCUGGCAACAUCGUCCAUCCCGCCGCAGGCCCCGGCAGCGCCUCGGAAGAAAUCAUCCCGGAGUCCGCAACCCGCAACGUCGGCCCCGGUGACGGCUAUGACAAUUUCCACACGGGUCGUGGAGGUCAGGGAAAUGUGUACAAGGAGAAAUAUGGAGGACACUCGACCAAGAAAGAACAGACUGCAGCUGAGGCGAGGAAUUCGCCAAAAGUCGGACCCACGACGCAUAAGGAGGGCGGAGGCCUCUUGGACAAGGUGAAGCAUGCAGUGGGACUGGACAAGAAGGACAAGACCCCUGAGCCAGGAAAGUGAGCGGAGACGAGAUACUGUGGUAAGGACAGGGCGAGGAUGCUACUUGCUCCUGCUAUGCUUGAUUUCUUUGCUUUGGAUUUGAAGGAUCCUUUUUUGAUACCACGAUGACGCCCGCGCGACUGGGAGAAUCACGAUUGUCUAUAGAACACAUGACUUACGACUUUGGAAAUGAAAAUGCUUGCCUGCUAAGUCCGUCUUCCUGUGAAGCGAUGUAGUAUCAGGCCGCGGAUCCGAGCGAGUUGGAGACUGCACUCGCGGCGCAGCGACCAAAAGCG